AUAAAAUAUCAUUAACUAUAUACAUUUAAUCAUAUGUUUGACCAAUCCAAAAUAAAAUAAAAAAUAUAAAUAAUUAUAUAGCAUAGAAAAUCGAUAAAUUUUGCAUUAAAAUUCCAUAACAAUAAUUAUUUUGUAUCAAAAGUUUUACUUUACAACAACAUUGAUUAUAAAAAUUAGGGAACAUUUCUUUUGGUCGUCUAAAAUAUCAAACUUGACAUAUAAAAAUUAGGGAACAUUUCAUUUGGUCGUCUAAAAUAUCAAACUUAAAAUAUAAAAAGAACUUAACAACAUGUUGGUACAAAAUUAAAGUAAAGCCCAACAAAGAGAGAAAACAAAGAAAAAAAAUAAUAAGGCAAAGACUUUGCGUAAACGUAGCUCUCGAAACUCAAUACUCAUCGUUUUCGUAUGAAUUUUUGUAGACCAAACAAUCUUCCUUCCACAGUUCACAAAAUAAAAACAAUACCUCCUUCGAAAUCUCUGCCUCUUAUAGAACUCAUCUCUGACGCUUAUGUCAACUGAAACUAGCGUCCCUCUCCGUCGCAGAUCUACCUCUCUUAACGGACAUCACUCUAACGACGUCGCCUUUGACGGAACCGUCCCAUUAAUGGAGAACAACAUUGUUAAGAAAACAGACGACGGCUACGCCAAUGGAGGAGGAAAGGCGUCGUUUAUGACAUGGACGGCGCGUGACGCUAUCUACGUGGCGAGAGUCCAUUGGAUACCGUGUGUGUUCGCGGUUGGAGUUCUCUUCUUCAUGGGCGUCGAGUAUACGCUUCAAAUGAUUCCCGCGAGGUCUGAGCCGUUCGAUAUUGGGUUUGUGGUCACGCGCUCUCUGAACCGCGUCUUGGCAAAUUCACCGGCUCUUAACACCGUUUUAGCCGCACUAAACACGGUGUUCGUAGGGAUGCAAACUACGUAUAUUGUAUGGACAUGGUUGAUGGAAGGAAGACCACGGGCCACCAUCUCGGCUUGCUUCAUGUUUACUUGUCGCGGUAUUCUUGGUUACUCUACUCAGCUCCCUCUCCCUCAGGAGUUUCUAGGAUCGGGAGUCGAUUUUCCUGUGGGAAACGUCUCAUUCUUCCUCUUCUACUCAGGUCAUGUCGCCGGUUCGAUGAUAGCAUCCUUGGAUAUGAGGAGAAUGCAAAGGUUGAGACUAGCGAUGCUUUUUGACAUCCUGAAUGUAUUACAAUCGAUUAGGCUUCUCGGGACGAGAGGACACUACACCAUCGAUCUUGCGGUCGGAGUUGGUGCUGGGAUUCUCUUUGACUCGUUGGCCGGGAAGUACGAAGAGAUGAUGAUCAAAAGACACACUUUAGGCAAUGGUUUUAGUUUGAUUUCUAAAGACUCGCUAGUCAAUUAAUUUUGUUUUCUUUUUAAAUGUUUAGUUGAACUUGAACAUAUUAAAUUUAAUUGAUGUCCAAUGAAUUAAAUUUAUUUUCUUUCCGAUGA